UUAAUGACUGGCGGUUCGGCCGGCCUGGGCGUGGAAAGGUCAGUGCUGGGCCACCCCGUGACGACAAUGAAGAAGGGACUAAGAGAAAAUAAACGCUUCAUCAACCCACAAGAUAAAAAAAGAAAGGCCACAGAAGCCCAGCUUAGCAUGCAUCAGCAAAGAAGCGAAGACAUGGAAAUUGGCAUCCGAGAUGAAAGGUGGUCUUUGAAGGGAACCACCGCUCUGGUCACCGGCGGCACCCGAGGCAUGGGGCAUGCGAUUGUGGAAGAACUGGCGAGAUUUGGAGCCGCAGUUCAUCUGUGCUCGAGAAAUCAGGCGGAGCUUGAAGAAUGCUUGCGAAAAUGGAGAAGCGAAGGCCUCAGGGUCACAGGCUCUGUCUGCGACGUGAUGUCGAGAACACAGCGAGAGAAGCUCAUGGAAGAAGUCUCCCAUGUGUUCGCCGGAAAGCUCAACAUUCUUGUAAACAACGCUGGAACAAUAAUAAUAAAAGAAGCCACAGACUUCACAGCUGAGGAUUACGCCAUUGUAAUGGGAACCAAUUUUGAGGCUUCUUACCAUUUAUCCCAGCUCGCACACCCACUUCUGAAGGCUUCUGGAAACGGAAACGUUGUCUUUAACUCAUCUAUCGGCGGUUUCAUUGCUUUCCCACAAAUCUCUAUUUAUGCAGCUUCAAAAGGAGCAAUAAAUCAAUUGACAAAGAACUUGGCUUGCGAGUGGGCAAAAGACAAUAUCCGUGUAAAUUCAGUUGCUCCGGGAGUCAUUAAGACCUCUUUUGUGGAUGAAGCAACGCAAGAGCGCGUUAUAGGUAGAGUUGGAUUGGGGCGAGGAGGAGAGGCAAGCGAGGUCUCAUCAGUUGUUGCAUUUCUUUGCCUCCCAGCGGCUUCAUAUAUCACAGGGCAAGUCAUUGCCGUUGAUGGUGGCCUUACUGUGAAAGGUUACUGAAUUCUAAAUACAAAUUAAGUCCACAUCACACACAAUAAUUACUUGUUAAUCUCAAAUUAAGGCACUGGUUAUCUACUGAAUGUAUCUAAACUUUGCUUCCUUUGUGUCAAUAAAGUUGAAGUUGUGGUUGCUAAAUUAA